UUGUGUCCCAUUUCCACGCUAAGACAUGUCAUCAGGGGCGAAGCCAGACUUUAAUGGAACUUCGGGCCAACGGAUUCUGGGUAAUUGGUGGGAGCAAGUUGGUUGCUAAGCUGAUACAUGCUUGUGUGUUUUGCAGGAAACUGCGACGGCCGACAGAGACACAGCAAAUGGCCGAACUUCCCAAAGAACGCGUCGAAGCCUCAGCACCUUUCACAUACAGCGGCAUGGACUGUUUCGGCCUGUUCAUUGUAAAGAAAGCCCGCAAAGAAUACAAAAGAUACGGCUUGAUUUUCACAUGUCUGUACUCUAGAGCUGUUCAUAUUGAAAUGCUCGAAGAUUUGUCAACAGACUCAUUCAUCAACUCAUUGAGAUGCUUCAUCAGCCUGAGAGGAGCUGUUCAACAACUACGCUGUGACCAAGGCUCUAAUUUUGUUGGCGCCAAGAAUGAGCUCAAGGAAGCACUUAAACAAUGUGACACUAAGCUACUGGAAAUCUUCCUGACUGAGAAGCAGUGUGAAUUUGUCUUCAAUGCUCCCUCUGACAGUCACGCAGGCGGUGUCUGGGAACGCCAGAUCAGAACUGUUAGAAACGUGCUGAAUGCCACCUUUGCACAGUGCCCAGGUCAACUUGAUGACGCCUCCCUCAGAACACUGCUAUAUGAGGCCAUGGCUAUUGUUAACAGCCGCCCAUUAACAGUGGAUGGAAUCAAUGAUCCUCAGGCACUGGAGCCUAUAACACCGAAUCACCUCAUCCUGAUGAAAUCUAAAGUUGCUCUUCCUCCUCCUGGAGUAUUUGUCAAGGAGGACCUGUAUGCGACAAAGAGGUGGAGACGAGUUCAGUAUCUUAUCGAACAGUUUUGGAGCCGCUGGAAAAAGGAGUAUCUGUUGAACUUGUCCAUAAGACAGAAAUGGCACUCACCUCAGCGCAACCUCAAAGUGAAUGAUAUUGUCAUUAUUAAAGAUGAUAAUCUCCCAAGAAAUCAGUGGCAACUUGGACGGGUGAUUGAGACUGUUCAAAGUAGUGAUGGCUUAGUUCGUCGAGUUAAAGUGCAAGUUGGGGAGAGGAAACCUCAUAAAAAACAAGAUUUUCCAACCAAGCCCUCAGUAAUUGAGAGACCAAUCAAAAAAUUGGUGCUCCUCCUUGAGAACUGAUUAGAAGAAAACAAUUGACAACACUGCACACCACUUUAUUAUGCGUGAGGCUAUAUAGUUACACCUCUGAUAGCUUAAGUUAAGGCUAUUCAUUUCAAGAAAUCCUGUACAAUUCAUUUAAAUUUGUGUAUUUGUUCAUUCAUUGUACUAGGAUUUGGUGGGAGUGUAAAUGUCUGAUAAAUCGCAUUAAUAUUCUCCUACAUAGUAUUAUAUUUAUAUAUUUAAUAAGACAUUGUAGUUCUACAGUGUCACCUUGCCUGUUCUGCUUUUAUUUUGAAAGGUGUCGUUUUCUUCUUAUGUUUUUUGUGACGCUAAACUUCCUGCUAUUUUUCUCUUCACAAUGUGGUGCUCACGCGUCGUCGGAAGAACGGUAAAAAACUGGUAAACACGUUAUUUAUCAUGUUCAUCUAUUUGAAUCUUGUAAAGAAGGAGUUUACAUUGUGAUUUUAUUAUUUUCGUAUCGUUUGUACAUGUUAUUUCUAAGACCUACGAACUGUGAGCGUGUCGAGCUAGAGAGCGUGAUAGCCGAUGGCGAAAACCAUUUGAUUAGCGUCCUUGGAGAGCGGAAUGAGUUUUCACGGUGUUCAUGGUGCAUGGUGCACGUUGAGAGGAAUAAUAAAUCGACACCCGUUUGAAA